GGUCUUUCCAUCAGUUAUUAUGGUUUGUCCGACGCUAUUCGUUAAAAGUUGUUAGUUUCCUUGUUAUUAGAACUGAUUCCGGUGAUCCAGGGUGUGAUAAUGUCGAAGACUAAAGUUCCAGCAGAGUGGAAAAAACGGGUGAAGUUGGAAUAUGUCAAGUUAAGAGAGAAAAAGAGAGAUAAGCGUGCAGAUGAGGUCAAAAUCGCGUGGAAUCAAAACCGGAAGGUUAUGACGGAACUCCUGGUUACCGAACAAAAACGAUGGGCCGAUGGCAAAGCUAUGUGGCUGGCAAUGCAAGAUGUUCCAGCUCACGUCUCAUGCAUGAAGAAGGGAGAAGUCACGAGCUCCGAUGGAGAUACCCAGAACUUCCCCGUGAAGAUCAUCAAUGCUGUCACUCCGAUUCCCACUAUGUACACGUGGGCACCGAUACAGCAAAAUUUCAUGGUUGAGGAUGAGACUGUCCUGCAUAAUAUACCAUACAUGGGAGAUGAAAUAUUGGAUCAGGACGGGACGUUUAUUGAGGAGCUCAUCAAGAAUUACGAUGGAAAGGUACAUGGAGACAGAGAAUCUGGCUUCAUGGACGACCAAUUGUUCGUUGAUCUCGUGAAUGAGCUAGUGAAGUAUGAGAAAGACGACAAGGAGAAGGAAGUACCGAGGAGAACGAGGGACGACAAGGAGAAAAAAGAAAUUGACGGAAGGCCAGAGAAGCCAGAGGAAGUGAAGGAUGAGAAAGAUGUUGUACGUUUCCCUUCCAUGCAGGUCUUCAAUGCUAUCUCCAGUCAGUUCUCGGAUAAAGGACGGCCAGAGGAGCUUCGCGAAAAGUACAUCGAGCUGACAGAGAGAUCUGACCCGAAUGUAUUGCCUCCCGAGUGCACUCCAAAUAUCGACGGAGUGAAUGCUAAAAAUGUACCCAGGGAACAGACUAUGCACUCUUUCCACACUUUGUUCUGCAGGAGGUGCUUCAAAUACGACUGUUUUCUACAUCCAGCCAGGGGAACCUCACCGCAAGGGCUUCAAGUUUGCCAUCCUGGACCAAAUUUGCAGAAGCGGAAGGGGCCUGAUCUCAAGCCCUUUUCCGAUCCCUGUGGUACUGAAUGUUACAUGCAUCUGGAAGUGAAUUACUCCCUCAAUUUGCAGGAAGGGAUGAAAGAGAAGUUGGCCGCUCAGGCUGCCGAUAACAAAGACGACGAGGGGGAUGACAAACGUCCUCGUAAAGUUCGUAAACAAGCUAGUGUUGAUUCUGGUAAUGAGGCUAGCAGUGAAGACAGUAAUGACAGCAACAAGUACAGCCAGGGUGGUAGUUGUCAAGAUUUCAAACAAAACGUGAAUCAGGACUCGAAACCGGAGGAAAUGGAGGAAGAGCAAGCCCAGCCUGAUCACCAGAGUCCCUUCACUCUCUUGGGUCUUGACAAACGCGUGAAAACCGAGAGUGAGUACUCCUGGACAGGCUCUGAACAGAGUCUCUUCCGAAUCCUCCACAAAGCAUUCCCAGGGAACCCCUGCGCCCUAGCACAAAUAAUGUUGACUAAAACCUGCCAGGAAGUAUACGAAUUCGCUCAGAAAGAAGAGCACGACAUUCCAGCCAUCGAGAGUAUGAAGGACUUCACACCACCCAGGAAGAAGAAGAAGAAGCAUCGUCUCUGGUCCAUGCACUGUAGAAAAAUUCAACUCAAGAAGGACUCAGGUGCUAAUCACGUUCACAAUUUUGCCCCCUGCGACCAUCCAGGACGAGCAUGUGACAAUUCUUGUCCCUGCAUUCAGGCCCAGAACUUCUGUGAAAAGUUCUGUCAAUGCAGUACUGAAUGCCAGAAUAGAUUUCCUGGAUGUCGAUGUAAAGCGCAAUGUAAUACAAAACAAUGUCCCUGCUAUUUGGCAGUCAGAGAAUGUGAUCCAGACUUGUGUCAAACUUGUGGUGCCGAUCAGUUUCACAUAACAAAAAUUUCAUGCAAAAAUGUCAGUGUCCAGAGGGGACUGCAUAAGCAUCUGCUCAUGGCACCCUCAGACGUCGCUGGAUGGGGCAUUUUUCUGAAGGAAUCAGCUGCCAAGAAUGAAUUCAUAUCUGAGUAUUGUGGCGAAAUUAUCAGUCAAGAUGAGGCUGAUAGAAGGGGAAAAGUUUACGACAAAUACAUGUGCAGUUUUCUGUUCAAUCUUAACAAUGACUUUGUCGUUGAUGCCACGAGGAAGGGGAAUAAAAUACGAUUCGCCAAUCACUCCAUCAAUCCGAACUGUUAUGCCAAGGUAAUGAUGGUUAAUGGAGAUCACAGGAUCGGCAUUUUUGCCAAACGGGCGAUUCAACCAGGCGAGGAAUUGUUUUUCGAUUACAGAUAUGGACCGACGGAGCAGCUGAAGUUCGUCGGGAUCGAGCGUGAGAUGGAGUUCCUUUGAAUGGAAUAAUCAAAAUACACACACACAUACACACUUUCAUCGAAUACUGUAAAUACCCAUAAUUCACUCAAUCAACGAUAGCCUUCAAUUACUUAUUUUUCACGUCCUGAACUGCGACAGGUCAGACAACAUAUUUUAUCUUAUAUUUUUUUUCAUACGAGAAUAAAUGACAAGUGGAUUACAAAAAAAA